AUGGCGCAAUCCAAUACUACAUCCCAGUGGAAGAAUCUGCGCAAUAAGAGCUCUGACUGUGGUACCAGACCAAGCACCAGCCUCCUUGCGCCCGAGUCUCUGAUGGGGUGGUAUUGUGCAGUUUGGGACUCGCACACCGAAAUGGAGAACACACAGGAUUUCGACGAGGAAGAGACGUGGCUAGAACUAAUCGCGCUCAAGGGGGGAGUGGGCGGGCGGUUCCGCUGGUGGCGGAAAAUUGGGACAUUCAAGGCAUUAGAGCGCGACGAAGGCGUCGCGGAGAGCCUCUGGGUGAUGGAUAACGUCAAGUGGUCACCAUUAGACCCAGAAGACGAGGACACAGCCGACGGUGACGACUGGCGCGACAGAGAGGCUCAUGGCCACGGAUUGGCUGCGCUCUCGGUUCUCGAUGACGAGGGGUACCCCUUCCUGGAACAAAUUUAUAAUGAAGGUUUGGACGAAGAGGGCGAGCUUGCUAGCGUGCGAGUUGUGUGGAAGAAGUUGGAAGGCGAGGGGUUGAGGGAGCCGCUGACAGCAGGAGAGAUAAACCGUUUGAUCUCAGCCGUGAUUCAGUGUCAGGCCCGCUUAGCCCUUAUGGAUACAUCGAGUGAUCGCCUGUCGGGCUGUACCUCGUCGCCCACUUCACCUCUGCCUCUCUCCAAGUUGAUCUCGUCCUCGCUUGCAGUCGAAGACACCGCGGCAUCCUCUCAGACAUGUGUCACCAUUGACUCUCAUGAUCAUCAGCUUGGGGAACACCCCACUAAUGUCAAUUUGCACAUCAAGGAGUACUCCGACUCUGAGUCUUGUUACUCAACCAGCUCGGCGCCGCAUUCUUCUCACGAACAAACGAUUGCUACCCUGAACCGCUCAGAGGCAAGGAUGUCUAUGUCAGGGCGCCGAACCAGCACAAGCGGCCCCAGAAAGCCUUCGAAGGGCUCGAGGAAAUUUGGGAAAAUGAGGUUCUUCCCUAUUUUCAACAAGAGGAAAUCGAAGGGGAAGGGGAAGGUGACGACGGCUUCAACUUGA